AUGGGAGCCAAUUGCAACAUUGUUUGUGUUCAUUGUGGCGCCGAGGCUACCGAUCUCUACAGAAACUACGGAAAGAACGUCAUAAAACUGUGUGAAUGUGUAAGGCAAUAACAAAGAGAGUUAAAUAAUAAAUUUUCAGGAUAACUGCGGUAAAUUCGUGGAUCAUUACAUUGAGUACGACAGCGUGUUGAUCUACAUUGAUCUCCUUCUUCAGUACACGGCCGCUUACAGACAUGUGUUUGUGAAUCGGGUCUAUUUAGUCAAAGUAAGUUUAAAAGAAUCACUUAUUUGGCCAAAAAGUAAUGGAGAACCAAGGUUUUGAAUAUGGUUCAUACUUGAGUGUGAUAUUUUAUGUUUAACCUUAAAAUUCUCUAUUUUUAUAAAUUAAAAACUUUAAUCUCACAUUUACAGUCACUGUGGCGCAUCGUAUGUCUGUUCAGUAUCUGUGAGGCGUACAGAAAAUGGGCAGUUCGGAUGGAAUCGGCCAACAAGAGUGUCCUCGACGGCUUCAUCGACCUUGAGUGGAAGUUCUACGAGUGUAUUGUGGAGAGUCUGAGCGAGAUCGCGGCCUUUGGCUUUUCAACUCUCGGCUUUUCACUCAUCUUUGAUCUCAAGACUAAACUUUCAUUGAGAUCCGUUUUUUGGAUUUCCUGCUGCGGAUAUUACGGUAGGUGGUUUUGAUGGCAAAAAACAUUUUUGUUAUCAGUUAGUGAACAAUGACAUUGCAGGGAAGGCGUUCGUUCUACUGGCUGUGAUUUGGAACUUGCAUCAUACUUGGGAGUACGUGUUCCUGAUCGAGGCGUUCUUGAUUUUGUCGCAUUAUCAGAUUCAGAACAGUGAGUUUUGUUAUUUAGCUCGUGUCAUAACGUCUUCCCAAUCUCUUAAUAACGUAUUUCUAAUUACAGUGGAACUCCUGUAUAACGAACUCCUCUAUAACGAAAAUCCCGUAUAACGAACAACUUUUGAAUCCCUGUCUAUCACUGCACAGUGCAUUUAAAACUCCUGUAUAACGAAACUCCUUUAUAACGAACAAAUUUCCAAUCACCGAGCGAUUCGUUAUACAGUAGUUCCACUGUAAUUACUUGCUUGGAUACAGAGUAAGGGAUAAUGUAAAGUUACUGUUUUUAGUAUUGUUCUCUGAUUCACCAAAACUCAAUGCAUUAAUGGUAUUGUUGAGCUGGAUCACAUCGUACUUAGCCGGAUCGUACUGCCAUAUCGUAUUCGACUACACUAACCAGAACUACAAGUCAUGGUUUGAUUAUAUCAGGGCGCUUUAA